AUGGAAGUUCUGGACGCGCUCCUUACCAGACCGGCCACCAAUGCUGAGUUUGAAUCGCUGUGGUCCCAAGCGAUGGCCACCGCGACGGACCAGGCGCAUCUGUUCACUGCAACAACCCCUACCGUCGACCAGCCGAGCGAGCCUACGAGGAUUAUUCAAACGACCCGGUCACCGCACCAGACGCCACCCGUCACACCGAUGACCGUGGACCGUCUUAGGCCCAGUUUCACAACUUUGGUUGUGAAACUGGCCCUUAGAAGCCUAAUGACGGCGCCACCACGAAAGCGACGGAGGACACCGACGAUCCGCGCUCCAGACCAAGCGCUCGUCCAAGGGAAGGCUAGCCGUCAGGCUGCAGACGGGCACACCGCACCAACACGCAAGCCCACGUGCCCAAGGCCGCCAGUAACUGGGAAGCGUCCUCCCCCGGCAGUAGGCUGCGUCCUACAGCGUUCCUCAGAGGUGACGGCCCGCGAGGAGCAAGGUCGAAGGGCUGCGCCACCGACGCCGCCACCGCCACCGAAACCACCAGGAAACCGAUCCCACCAAUCAGGAAGAGGAGAGCAGUACCGAAUACACCGAAGACACCGACCCGGAAGGGGAAAGCGAUUCCGAACGCACCGAGACCGUCGAUAA